AACGCAAUUGUCGUCCUGAUCUCAUCGUCAAAGAGGACGGCAUCACAGGCAAAAAAAACGUUGAGAGUCUGGUAGAAAUUUUGAGCGACGGUGAUGCUCAUUAGCCUCCAGUCAGAACCUGAAAAACAAAACAGUUUUAAUAGAAAGUGGCCAGAAUAAAUAGAAGAUGAAAAAAAGAGAAAUCAACAUAUGAUGACUACAGGGAAAGUCGGAAGAAGAUUAAAUAAUGAUUGGUGAAAUCACUAUUAAGAACUUAUCAUUGCGAAUAAUUGAUUUGAACUCAAAUUUACGAAAACGAGUUGGCUAAUCAAAAUAUUUGGCGGUUUCUGUCGUAAGGAGAAAAUAAGGUCGGAGGGAAAAAAAACAAACUUUCUGCCAACAACUUUCCAACAAGAAAAAAAAAGGUUUGUUUUUGCUGCUGAUGUACCUGUUUCCAUCCACAUCAAUCACCUGCGUGAGGAUAUUACAGUUAGUCGGUCAUCUCUUCCCUGGGCGACUACACAGAAUUCUCCGCACAUAUAAAGCCAAAUAGAUAUCAAACUCGCUGUCAGAGUUUCUCCAGCAGCUUCCUUUGUACAAACAACAAUGUAUCAGUGGUUGCUCUUCGCUAUGCUUGCCCUCGCGGCUGGAGCUGAUUCUGCUCACUUGGAUAUUGCGCAUUUCGUUCCGGUCGAUUACUCCGCUCCGAGUUACGACCUAGAGUCGCCGAUGCCUUACAUUUUCGGCUAUGCCGUCACCGACAGCGAAAGUUCCAGCAAUUUCGAUCACCACGAGAGUUCGGAUGCGCAAGUGAUUACAGGAUCCUACCGCGUUGCCUUGCCCGACGGCCGCACCCAAAUCGUCACCUACACGGCCGACGAUAUCAACGGAUACGUGGCCGACGUCAAAUACGAAGGGGAGGCCCAAUACCCCGAACACAGAAAGAGCCACUGAAUCUGAAACGUUAGAUUGUUUUAUUUUGAUGACAUUUAUUUUUUGGUUUAACUUUGUUUUAUUUAAGAAUAAAUCUUGUAUAUACGUAUGUUGCUAAGAAAUGAAAAAAAGUUUUAGUCUUAAGACAAGAAUGGCCUUUCUGCCAGCAUA